ACGACAAUCCUGACUUGUCUUUGCCACCCGCGAACAUGUCUCGCAUUCCCCAGCCCUCUUCUUCUCGCACUCCCAGCAAGCCUGCACCAUUGCUCUCCUCGGGCACCCCACGGACUCGCACCCAGUCGACGGUAACAUCGAGCUCGAGGCCGACACCGACGCCGCUGAGGACGCAGCGGAGCUUGAAGAAUCUCAAGCCAAUGUCCAAGUCUCCUGUGCCCCCGAAGUCGCCUGUUCUACGGAGACCGUCGCCUGCCAAGGCUGAGUCUCCUGAGCCCAACAGACCGCAGCUCAGUAUCAGGGAACAGAUUGCGCUGAGGCGUGCGGAGGCGAAGAAGUCGCAGACGACGCAGCCCGGGGGAAGCAAUGGGUUUGAUCUCGGAGGGCUGGAGGAAGCACUCCCUACGAAGAAGCAAAGCACGGAGGAUGAGAUAGAUCUUGGUCGCUGGUCGGUGAAGGAGACCAUCGAGCGUGCUCGGAGCUCAGGCGCCCUUAACCUGGCUUCGCGAGUCCUGCCAUGUCUGCCGUCCGCGCUAUUCGAGAUCCACUUGGGCGUGAAGCCCAAACCUCUGAAGUCGGUUCCGGAAGAACCGCCUAUCUCUACUUCCACUACGGACGAGAUCUCGACAGGUCGUCGCAGAGGCGGUCAAUCCAAUGCACCUUCGUGGUACAAAGCACAGGACCUGCAGGUGCUGAAAGCAUGGUCGAACGACAUAGUCGAGAUUCAACCGGAGAUUUCGAUGUUUGGCUCACUGAAGACUAUUGACCUGCAUAACAACAAAUUAUCCAGUCUGCCAGACAGUUUCGCUGAUCUGACAGCGCUUACUGCUCUUGACCUCUCGCACAAUGCCCUGACAACUCUACCCGCCAACCUGUUCGCCCUUCCCCAUCUCACGACCCUGAACAUAUCACACAACUCCUUGACGUCCCUUCCUUUCAGAGCACCAUUCGGUGCGCAGGCAUCAAAGGCGGUUUCUCGGACGAGAGAUGCACGCGGGGAUUGGUUCUCGCAAAGCAUCAGUCGAGCGACGACCCCUCUUCCACGGCUCACCAUCCUCGACGUGUCGCAUAACCAUCUUUCUGCCUUGUCUAUCGACUGUGCGAGCCUCCCAUCGCAGAUCCAAAAACUGGACCUCUCCAAGAAUCCGUUAGGCCCGUCGAAGGUGCUUCUGCAGGCCCUCGCGCACUUGGAACGUCUGCGGGAGCUUCGCAUGGAGCGCGCAGAGAUCGGGGAUGACUCCUUCCCGAUUGACAUACUCUCUUCAUUGACUCCUUCCGCGAUCUUACCGGUUCUCCGAGUGUUCGACCUAGGGGAGACGCCUGUUACGCGACCCGCAAUCGAAGCUGCAUUCAGAAAGCCAGCUCUACGGCAGGAGCUUGAAUUCGAAGUCACAAAUGAGGAUCCUCCCGAGGGCGUCCUGCGCGUAGUGAUUGGCAAGAAGGUCAUCAAGGAGCCCUGGGAGAUUGAAGCCGAGCGGAGAGCGAAGGCGAAGGCGAACCGACACGGUGGAGCUGGGGUCGAGGAGGGUCUCAAUCUUGGUGGUCGCCCAACUCCCCGCAAUGGAGCGACAGUGCCGAAGGAAGCCUGGGAGAUCGAAGCCGAGCAGGGGCUGCUCACCGAAGGCGCGAAGAGACGAGCAAGGGCGGCGGCGGCGGCAGCGCAGACCUCUGGCCCGUCCGCAUCCUCACCUACACCAUCUUCACCGCGUAAGAAUCGGGCGGUCAAAGAGCAAUGGGAGAUCGAGGCUGAGCAAGGCCUACUGACUGAGGGUGCGAAACGGCGGGCGCGAGCUCAGGCUGCUGCCGCUGCCGGCUCGAACGAUGCCUCACGGCUGCAGGCUGCAUCCCCAGCACUAUCGGACGCUGCUCGCUCAUCACCUUCACCUUCACCAAGCGUCGCUUCCGUGCUCUCCAAUCCUCAAUUUUACGACGCCAGCACGCAUACCUUGAAACUACCGGCCUCUACGCCCCCAUCAAAGACCGCUCACGCACGUUCCAUCUCCUUGGCCGUGUCCUCCUGGGGCGACACGAAGCGAGGAACGGCGUCGAACGGCUCGGAUCUCGCUCUCGCCAUCCCGACGGCCGCAUUGCCCCUUGCGGCCAUCAUCGCCCAGCCACUCGCGCAAACACUCCGAGUGCUCAAUCUCGUCAAUCGGCGGAAGGACCCUUCUUUCAGUCUGCCCACGGACGAUGGGCCGUUUCUACCCUGCCUGGAGGAGCUGAGCCUGGAGGGAUGCAAUCUCCCCGAUUCAGUUCCGGUGUCACAUGCGGAGCAUGGAGACGAGUAUGCUUCGCCCCGCAGGAACGAGCCUCUGCUGUCCCUUCUGGCGAAGUUAUUCCCUAGCGUGCGGACGCUCGACCUCUCGUACAACACCCUCUCUUCCGCCGCUCUGAUGAAGGAUGCCCUGACGCAUCUCAUCCUCGCAUCUCCGCCUGAGGAGACGAGGAAUCCUCGCAGAGGGCUGCGACACCUCCGGCUUCGCGGAAAUCGGAUUACGGAGCUGGAAGGUUUCCAGGGUCUCGCAGAGAUGUUCAAGGGGAACCGGGAUGUACCGCAGUGGAGGCUCGAGGAGCUUGAUCUGCGGGACAAUGAGAUAGGGAAGCUGCCGCCUGAAUUGGGGCUGGUGCCGCUUGACGUCUUUUUGGUGGACGGCAAUGUUUUCAGGAUACCUCAGAGAAGAGUCUGGGAGAGAGAAGGCACAAAGGGUCUGCUCGGUUGGCUGAGAGGAAGGAUUGAGUAG